AUGGGCACGCUCGCACCGCCCACCAAUGUGUCGAGGCUUGCGCGCGCUGUUGACCGACAUGGCGUCGACUACGACGACACCACCAAGACCGCCUCAACCAUUUCACAGGUCGUUCAUUACGAAAGCGGCGUAGGGACGUAUUCUGUCCUACCGAGACUGAUGGCGUUCGACUAUCUGUACUCGGGACUCUCGGGGAAAGGCAUAGAAAAGAGUAUCCUCAAUGCGUACAGCUUCCUCUGUAACAACAACAAUUUUGGUGCGGGUCAAGACGAAAUCAUCCUCGUGGGUUUCUCGCGAGGCGCUUUCGCGGUUCGGUGUCUUGCCGCAUUCAUCACCCAAAUCGGUCUGAUCCGGCGCCGGCACCUCUUCCUGCUGGCCACAGUCUUCGAGAACUGGUGGCAAAACAGGGGAGAGAUCGAUGAAAAGUAG